CCCUGCGUGUGUGUGUGUGUGUGGGUGCGUGUGUUUUUGUCUGAGGUAUGAGCAUGGCGCCGUUUCUGCGGAUAUCUUUCACUGCAUAUGACCUGGGGGCUCUGCCCCCCUCCACAGAAUCUCCUUUCUGCGCUGUCAAGAUGAAGGAGGCUCUCGGCACAGAACGUGGAAAGACCCUGAUUCAGAGGAAGCCCACCAUGUACCCUGCCUGGAGGGCCAGUUUUGAUGCCCAUGUCUACGAGGGGCGGGUUCUGCAGGUGCUGCUCAUGCAGACCGCUGAGACGCCAUUGGCUGAGGUCACCAUGGGCGUGUCUGUCCUGGCUGAGCGCUGCAGAAAGGGAAAUAGUCGUGCAGAAUUUUGGGUUGAUCUUCAACCCUCAGGAAAAAUCAUGAUGUCUGUGCAAUAUUUUUUGGAGGAUGCAGACACAGAGUGUAAUCGGCAGUCUGUGAUGAUGGAGGAGGAGUUGCCCACACUGAACCGCAGGAGGGGGGCCAUCAAACAGGCCAAGAUCCACUUCAUCAAGAACCAUGAGUUCAUCGCCACCUUCUUCCGCCAGCCCACCUUCUGCUCCGUCUGCAGGGACUUCGUCUGGGGACUCAACAAACAAGGAUACAAGUGCAGACAGUGCAAUGCGGCUAUCCAUAAGAAAUGCAUUGAUAAGAUCAUCGGCAGAUGCACUGGUACUGCAGCCAACAGCAGAGACACAGUGUUUCAGAAGGAACGCUUUAAGAUUGACAUGCCGCAUCGUUUUAAGACUCAUAACUACAUGAGUCCCACCUUCUGUGACCACUGUGGGAGCUUAUUGUGGGGUUUGGUUAAACAAGGACUCAAGUGUGAGGACUGUGCAAUGAAUGUUCACCACAAGUGUCAAAAGAAAGUGGCCAAUCUCUGUGGCAUCAAUCAGAAGCUCCUAGCGGAGGCUCUCACCCAGGUUGGCCAGAAAUCCACUCGUCGUCCUGAGUCUAAAGACCUGGACACCAGCGUGUACCAGGACUUCGAUAAUAGCCCAGGAACAGACAUUAACGAUGGAGCUCCUUAUGGUUGCCUGUGGGAUGGGACGGGCCCACGCCCCCCCUCACGCAUCUUGCACCAGACAUGCAUCAGCAUCGACAACUUCAUCCUGCACAAGGUGCUGGGCAAAGGAAGCUUUGGCAAGGUGUUGCUGGCAGAGCUGAAGGGCAGUGGGGAGUACUUUGCGGUGAAGGCCCUGAAGAAGGACGUGGUGCUGAUGGACGAUGACGUGGAGUGCACCAUGGUGGAGAAACGAGUGCUGGCCCUCGCCUGGGACAACCCCUUCCUCACACACCUCUACUCUACCUUCCAGACCAAGGAGCAUCUGUUCUUUGUGAUGGAGUAUCUGAAUGGAGGAGAUCUGAUGUUUCAUAUUCAGGAGAAAGGACGAUUUGAUCUGUACAGGGCCACGUUCUACUCUUCAGAGAUUGUGUGUGGUCUACAGUUUCUACAUUCCAAAGGCAUCAUCUAUAGGGACCUGAAGCUGGAUAAUGUGAUGCUGGAUAGGGAGGGCCACAUAAAGAUAGCUGACUUUGGGAUGUGUAAGGAGAACGUGUUUGGGGAGAACCGUGCCACCACUUUCUGUGGAACACCUGACUACAUCGCCCCAGAGAUCCUGUUAGGCCAGCCUUACUCGUUCUCGGUGGACUGGUGGUCUUUAGGUGUGCUGGUGUAUGAGAUGCUGAUUGGUCAGUCUCCAUUCCACGGAGACGAUGAGGACGAGCUGUUUGAAUCCAUCCGAAUGGACACACCCCACUACCCCCGCUGGAUUACUAAGGACACCAGAGAUCUAAUGGAGAAGCUGUUUGAGCGUGACCACUCCCGCCGACUGGGGAUUGUGGGUAAUAUUCGAGGCCAUGCUUUCUUCAAGACCAUAAACUGGACUGCUUUAGAGAGGAGAGAAGUGGAUCCUCCAUUUAAACCAAAAGUGAAAGCACCCAAUGACUGCAGUAACUUUGACCGAGAGUUCCUGAGCGAGAAGCCCCGCCUCUCCCACAGCGACAAGAGUCUGAUUGACUCCAUGGACCAGAGCGCCUUCUCCGGUUUUUCGUUUGUCAACCCCAAGAUGGAGCACCUCCUGCAGAAGUAAUGAACAGCCACCUCCCAUCUCGCCUAUCGUCCCUCAGCGCUGACCUGAUCGCCUGCCAGACGUCUGCCCAGGAUGGAAAUGCCCAAUUCUGCACAUGGGCUCCACUAAACUAGCCGCUGAUGACGUGUACAUGCCUCAUAGACACUAUCCUCUAAGCGUAUGUCGAAGCUAUAUGUGCUACAAGUUUGCUUGAAUAUCUGAGAGACAGUUAAAACAACAAGCAGAAACAUGAAAUGCAUUUUGGCACUAUUCAAAUGUUGUCUCUACAAGUAAUUUUUGUGAAUGUGGCAUCUAGGCUACGUUACAGUCAGGGAUGCACAUAUGGGCAUUCUUACAAAAUUGCUCAAAGAGAUCUUGCUCUGCAUUGAUGCAUUGCUUCAGCUUAAUAUAACCAAAUGUAGCGCAGCAUAAGAGGUACCUUUUGGAAAUGUAGUGUUGCAAACAGACUUUUGUUAUAGGGCACAACAUCACGACACAGAAAUGACUGACAGGAGACUUACAGUAUAGCCACAUCAUCUGUGAUGCAUCCUCAGUCUAGCAGACUACGGGUUCCUUCCUUCCUUCCUUCCUGUCUUCCUUCCUGCCUUCCUUCCAGACACCUCUGAGGGACACAUGAACCAUGUUGGCCUAGAAAAGCCAGCCUCCCCACUACCACCUGCCCUUACCAGCUCUCACUCACUCUGCUUAGCAACACUCCCAUCCUGGUCAAUAGGAUAGCUAGUCAUGAUCACCUUCACACUCCAGACAGAAUUAACUGCAGAUAUUUUAUUUUAAAUGUUUGUGUCUGUGGGAGCUUGGAACUAGAGUGAAAUAUAUGAGAAUAGAAACUCUGUAUAGAAAGCUGUAGGAGCUUUAGACUUUGCAUGUUACGGUAGGCCUAAUCCUCACAGUGCUACCUAUAUAUUGUAUGAUGUAAUCACUGCCAUAAGGCUAUAAGCAAAAACUCAUUACACACUUCAACACAUAAAAUUAACUCAAUGAAAGAAAUACACUCCACAUUCCAUUUUUACCAUCAUCACUAAUGUUCCUCAAAAUUAUUCAUAUUCAAAAACUCCUUUUCAUUUACCUCCAACCUAGUUUCUUAAGACCAGAUGAGACUUCAGGACUUGGUGUUCAGAGUUCAACAGAGGGUUACUGCAGGGCUUUGUACAGCAUGCAGAGAUGCCCAUUCCAAACUGAGCUUAUGCAGGUUUUUGGGGGAAAGGCUGUGAAUGUAAUGUCCUCAGCUUCAAAUUUCUGAUGCCAUCUGCCACCAGAAUUUCAACCACUUGACUUGAAACAUGUGUUCUCACACUAAACACACUUCUCACCUUGCGACACAUCCCCACGACAACCUACCCAUCAAACACUCACAGUCCUGACUGUUACCUGUAGCCAAUAGUGUAUUAAUAGACAUGUGCAUAAGACUUGGCUUGGGCUGACUCUCAUUCAGCCUAAAAGCAACAGAUAUGAUGUGCUAUUAGUUAUUUAAACUUGACCAAUAAGGGUAAAAAAUGCUGGGGAGUUGUAAGGGGUGUUGGUUAAAGCAUGCAGCUCAGAUGCAAGCUUGUGAAACUAGUAAUCUCUUAGAUCUAAACAAAACUAUAUUAAGCCUAAGUUCUUCCAUAUUCUUUAAGUAAAGAUUAAGACAAGCCAAUGCAAACAACUCAAGUGUAUAAUAUUUGUAUAUUUAGGUACAAGAUGUAUAAGGGUAUGUGGGUAUCUUUUGACUCAAGUAUAUUGUCUAUGUGUUUUGUGCCUGUUUGUAUGUUAGUUUUAUAUUACAUCUUGUCUAUUGGGUGAGAAACCCUGUGUUCAAUCUUCAAUCUGUAUAACUGUUUUGUUGCAAUAAAGAUAUUAUAUGUAAA